CUUCUGCGAGAAGGGAGGGAGAGGCGCAGGCCGGGUGAGGGCGGGUCCGCGCGUCCUCGCAGCCCGCCAGAGCCGCGGAACUGCAGCCCGCAGACUUCUCCCGCGCAGGGCUCGCAAAAGCUUGAUUCCGGGAACCUGGGACUCACGCCCGGCCCUGCAAGCCGGAGAGGACUCUCUUCCUUGGCCUUUCGGCCGGAGACAUGAGUCCCGUGAGGCGUUGGGGCAGCCCCUGCCUCUUGCCCUUGCAGCUCUUCAGCCUCUGCUGGGUGCUGUCAGUGGCCCAGAGCAAGACAGUCCGAUACAGCACCUUCGAGGAAGAUGCCCCCGGCACGGUCAUCGGGACCCUGGCCGAGGACCUGCAUAUGAAAGUGUCCGGAGACACGAGCUUCCGCCUGAUGAAGCAGUUCAACAGCUCUCUGCUCCGGGUGCGCGAGGGCGACGGGCAGCUGACCGUCGGGGACGCCGGCCUGGACCGCGAGCGACUGUGCGGCCAGGCCCCACAGUGCGUGCUGGCCUUCGAUGUGGUCAGCUUCUCGCAGGAGCAGUUCCGGCUGGUGCACGUGGAGGUGGAGGUGAGGGACGUGAACGACCACGCGCCGCGCUUUCCCCGGGCCCAGAUCCCCGUGGAGGUGUCCGAGGGUGCGGCCGUGGGCACGCGCAUCCCCCUGGAGGUGCCAGUGGACGAGGACGUGGGUGCCAACGGGCUGCAGAGCGUGCGCCUGGCCGAGCCGCACAGCCCCUUCCGCGUGGAGCUGCAGACGCGCGCGGACGGCGCUCAGUGCGCGGACCUGGUGCUGCUGCAGGAGCUGGACCGCGAGAGCCAGGCCGCCUACAGCCUGGAGCUGGUGGCCCAGGACGGCGGCCGCCCGCCGCGCUCCGCCACGGCCGCCCUCAGCGUGCGCGUGCUGGACGCCAACGACCACAGCCCGGCCUUCCCGCAGGGCGCCGUGGCCGAAGUGGAGCUGGCGGAGGACGCGCCCGUGGGCUCACUGCUCCUCGAUUUGGACGCGGCCGACCCCGACGAGGGCCCCAACGGCGACGUGGUGUUCGCGUUCGGUGCCCGCACCCCGCCCGAGGCGCGCCGCCUCUUUCGGCUGGACCCGCGGUCGGGCCGCCUCACCCUGGCCGGGCCCGUGGACUACGAGCGACAGGACACCUACGAGCUGGACGUGCGGGCGCAGGACCGCGGCCCCGGACCCCGCGCCGCCACCUGCAAGGUCAUCGUGCGCAUCCGCGACGUCAAUGACAACGCACCCGACAUCACCAUCACUCCUCUGGCCGCCCCGGGCGCACCGGCCGCCUCCCCCUUCGCCGCUGCUGCCGCCGCCGCCGCGCUCGGGGGGACGGACACGACCGCGUCGACUGGACCCGGGACGCCCGAGGCCGGAGUCGCCUCGCUGGUGCCGGAGGGGGCGGCACGAGAGAGCCUGGUGGCUCUGGUCAGCACCUCGGACAGGGACUCGGGCGCCAACGGGCAGGUGCGCUGCGCCCUCUACGGGCACGAGCACUUCCGACUGCAGCCGGCCUACGCGGGCAGCUACCUGGUGGUGACGGCGGCGUCGCUGGACCGCGAGCGCAUCGCCGAGUACAACCUGACACUGGUGGCCGAGGACCGCGACCACGCGCCGGUCCUGGUGCACCCGGCGCCAGCCAACGGCCAAAAAGUGGCGGUCCCCGGGCGCACCGCAAGGGACACGGCGGUGGCGCGCGUGCAGGCCCGGGAUGAGGAUGAAGGCGCCAACGGGGAGCUGGCCUUCGACUUGCAGCAGCAGGAGCCGCGCGAGGCCUUCGCCAUCGGCCGCCGCACGGGGGAGAUCGUGCUCACCGGCGACCUCUCGCAGGAGCCUCCCGGCCGCGUGUUCAGGGCGCUGCUGGUCAUAUCCGACGGCGGCCGUCCGCCUCUCACCACCACCGCAACCGUCAGCUUCGUGGUGACAGCAGGCGGCGGGCGCGGGCCGGCUGCGCCUGCCAGUGCCGGAAGCCCCGCGCGCUCCCGCCCGCCUGGCUCUCGGCUCGGUUCGUCGGGGCCGGCGCUGCAAUGGGACACGCCGCUGAUCGUCAUCAUCGUGCUGGCCGGGAGCUGCACGCUGCUGCUGGCCGCCAUCAUCGCCAUCGCCACUACCUGCAACCGCCGCAAGAAGGAGGUGCGCAAAGGGGGGGCCCUCCGGGAAGAGCGGCCCGGGGCGGCGGGCGGCGGAGCCUCAGCUCCCGGCUCCCCGGAGGAGGCCGCCCGGGGAGCCGGGCCCAGGCCCAACAUGUUCGACGUGCUCACCUUCCCUGGCAGCGGCAAAGCGCCCUUUGGCAGCCCCGCGGCCGACGCGCCCCCGCCCGCGGUCGCCGCGGCCGAAGUGCCGGGCUCAGAGGGCGGCAGCGCCACUGGGGAAAGCGCCUGUCACUUCGAGGGGCAGCAGCGGCUCCGCGGCGCGCACGCCGAGCCCUACGGUGCCUCCCCGGGUUUCGGAAAGGAGCCGGCGCCCCCCGUGGCGGUCUGGAAAGGACACUCAUUCAACACCAUCUCCGGCCGAGAAGCGGAAAAGUUCAGCGGCAAAGACAGCGGCAAAGGGGACAGUGAUUUCAACGAUAGUGAUUCCGACAUCAGCGGGGACGCUCUGAAAAAGGAUCUCAUCAACCACAUGCAGAGUGGACUGUGGGCGUGCACUGCUGAGUGCAAGAUCCUGGGCCACUCUGACCGCUGCUGGAGCCCAUCGUGUGGUGGGCCCAACGCACAUCCCUCAACUCAGCCACCAGCCCAGAUGUCAACGUUCUGCAAGAGCACGUCUCUGCCUCGGGAUCCUCUGCGCAGGGACAAUUACUACCAGGCCCAGCUGCCCAAGACAGUGGGGCUGCAGAGCGUCUACGAGAAAGUGCUGCACAGAGACUAUGAUAGGACAGUCACUCUGCUCUCCCCUCCCCGUCCAGGGAGGCUCCCAGACCUGCAAGAGAUCGGGGUACCCCUCUACCAGUCCCCCCCUGGCAGGUACCUGUCCCCAAAGAAGGGAGCCAAUGAAAAUGUGUAAUCCCAUGCUGCAUGUCUUCAUACAUAUACAGGUCACUCCGAGAAGCCCCUAAGUUAUUGACCAGUGUCAGUGUUGUAUAUAUAAAUAUGCAAGAUGUGCCUUAAAAUGAAGUUGUUGGAAGCUGUUUCCAAUCACAUUGGUACUGUUUGGUAUUUGCAAACAAAAUGUAGUUAAUGUAAUUUUUAUGAAAUGUGUGCAGUAUUUAAUUUUUCUUAUCAUGCUAUUGACUUUCAUUUCACUUGCAGCUUGCCAUUUUCUUAGUGUUUUUAACCUGUACAUUGUGUAAUGUAAUGUUUGUAUAUAAUGAAAUUUUGUUAUAUUUUUAUAUAAUAAAAGCUAAAGUGGAAGUUAUUGCCAAAGGAACUGUCUGUAAGACAAAAAAAAAAAAACAUGUUGGAAUUACUUACCUUUCACCUGAAACAACCUAGUGUUUGAGAAAUUUUGCCUUGCCAAGUAUAACUUGUAUAUCUUGAGUCUGUGGUAGAUUUCAAGUUCAAUGUUAUUUAAUUACAUUUGGUUUUCUGUAAACCGUGUCACUUAUAAGCACAGUAAUAAAGGAUUUGUCAUGUGUUUGAA